AUGAAAAGGCUGAUGAGAGCUCAAUUUCUCCCACCAGAUUAUGAGCAGAUCCUGUACCAACAAUAUCAAAACUACAGACAAGGCACAAGGUCCAUUAAUGAAUACACUGAGCUCUAUCGCCUAAACUCCAAGAACAACCUAUCGAAAACGGAAGGACAACAAGUAGCCAGGUAUAUUGGAGGGCUACGCGUCGCCAUACAAGACAAGGUGACACUGCACACCGUUUGGACUCUCUCGAAAGCAGUCAAUUUGGUGAUAAAGAUUGAAUCACAACUCUCUCGACCCCCUACCAGGACACCAAGUUUCUCACCAGCAAACAAAGGAACCAAACCACCGAUUCAGCCGAAUCUACCACAUGUUCCUUCCUCUAGUCAUGACCCAAAGACACAAAACAGCUAUCAAGCCCCUAAGUCCAACACCACCACGGCAGGGAGUAGAGGGAGCACUGGGCAUCGCUCCAACGAGUGCCCUACAAGAAGGUCAAUCAACAUAGUGGAUGGUGAAGACUUGGCUAGGGAAAACGAUGAGGGAUCAGAGGAAGAAGGUGAGCUUGUCAAAGGUGAUGAAGGAGACUUGGUGAAUUGUGUCAUCCAACGGCUCCUCGUAGCACCAAAGCAGGAAGACCACACUCAAAGUGUCAAGGGCACUAGUUUCAACGUUACAAGACACAGAGAAGCAUCCCAAACCUUACAAGAUCAGUUGGAUCAAGAAGAGGCUGAGAUGAAGGUAACUAACACCUGUAAAAUUCCUUUUUCAAUUGGUAAAUUUUACAAAGAUGUGGCAGAUUGCGACGUGGUGGAUAUGGAUGCUUGUCACGUGUUACUCGGGAGACCUUGGCAAUACAAUGUGGCUGCCACAUACAAGGGGCAUGAUAACAAGUAUACAUUUUGGUGGCAUGAACGGAAAGUGACACUACUACCUGUAGGAGAGCGAUUGCUUAACACAACAUCACUUGCGAAGAAAGCUAGCUUUCUUAUUGUGAGCGAAGACCAAUUCCUAAUUGAUGCAAAGGAAUGUAGCAAGAUUGUGACACUAGCCAUGAAAGGAAGGACAGAGGAGACCACAUCCGAAUUUCCACCAACAGUGCAUCUCUUGCUUGAAGAAUUUUUGGACAUCAUCCCACAAGAGCUACCAGCAGGAUUCCCUCCCAUGCGUGACAUACAACAUUGCAUUGACUUGGUGACGGGUGCUAGUCUCCCCAAUUUGCCGCACUAUCGAAUGAGCCCCAACGAACACAAAGUCUUACAAGACCAAGUUGAGGACCUCAUCCGCAAGGGGUUGAUUCAAGAAAGCAUGAGUCAUUGUGCUAUUCUGGCCUUACUCACCCCCAAGAAGGACGGAAGUUGGCGAAUGUGCGUAGACAGUCGCGCCAUCAACAAAAUCACAGUAAAAUAUAGAUUUCCCAUACCACGACUGAAUGAUAUGCUAGAUAUGCUUGUAGGCUCAAACAAAUUUUCCAAGCUUGACCUAAGUAGCGGCUACCAUCAAAUAAGAGUUCGACCCGACGAUGAAUGGAAAACAGCUUUCAAAACAAAGGAAGGACUACGAGUGGCUGGUCAUGCCAUUCGGCUUGUUAAACGCACCUAG